AUGCCUCAGCCACCAAUGCAUCAAGCCUCUUCAUCACAACAGCUUAGGCCUCAACAGUCAAUGAAUCAAGCUCCACCUGAAAGGCCUAAUGAAUUGCAAGCUGCAUUAUUGACUCUCACCAACACUCAAACACAGUUUAUGACAGAAACUCACUCAUCCAUCAGGAAUCUUGAGAUGCAAGUUGGUCAAUUGGAAAAUAUGUUACAAAGUAGGCCUCAAGGAAAUUUGCCAAGUAAUACAGAGGUGAAUCCUAAAGAGCAGUGCAAUGCAAUCUCUUUGAGGAGUGGGAAGAAGUUGGAAGAGCCAGUCAAGAAGUCUAUACCAGCACCAAAAGUUGAAGUUGAGAAUGAGGGUAAGGUAGAAGAAGAGGUUAUUGAAGACCUUGAGAAGAAUCAGUCACCAAGGAAGAUGGAUGAUUAUGAGACGGUGGUGCUCACUGAAGAGUGCAGUGCCAUUCUGCAAAGAAAGCUUCCUCAGAAACUAAGAGAUCCUGGGAGUUUCACAAUACCCUGCACUAUUGGGAAGUUUGAGAGUAUGAAUGCUCUAUGUGAUUUGGGGGCGAGCAUUAAUCUAAUGCCGCUUUCUGUGUUCAGAAGAUUGAAGCUUGGGGAAGCAAGACCUACAACAGUGACUCUUCAAUUGGCAGACAGAUCAAUAGCACAUCCUCGGGGUAUUAUUGAAGAUGUUUUGGUAAAAGUGGACAAAGUUGAUGUGGUGAAUGAUUGUCAAGAUUCAAUUGGUAAAAAGAAGAAGAAGGCCAAAGAAUGA